UAAAAGUUUCAAGCGCCGUCAUUGUAUUGGGAGUUAGAGCGGCUAGAUCAGGAAAUCGUGGUGAGCUACAGCACAGAAAGGAAGGGUAAAAUAGUCAGAAGUGAAAAUGUCGACCGAGUUACAAUUGCCUCCUGGUUUCAGAUUUCAUCCGACGGAUGAGGAGCUCGUGAUGCACUACUUAUGCCGGAAAUGUUUGUCGCAGUCGAUAGCUGUUCCGAUUAUCGCUGAAAUCGAUCUUUACAAAUUCGACCCUUGGGACCUCCCAGAUUUGGCCUUAUACGGAGAAAAGGAGUGGUACUUUUUUUCGCCGAGGGACAGGAAGUACCCGAACGGUUCAAGGCCUAACCGAGCAGCGGGAAGCGGGUACUGGAAGGCGACUGGAGCCGAUAAGCCGAUUGGACAGCCAAAACCCGUCGGAAUUAAGAAGGCUUUGGUGUUUUACGCAGGAAAAGCUCCUAAAGGGGAGAAAACCAACUGGAUUAUGCACGAGUAUCGAUUAGCCGACGUGGAUCGGACGGCUCGUAAGAAGAACAGCUUAAGGCUGGAUGACUGGGUCCUGUGUCGCAUAUACAACAAGAAAGGAAGCGUCGAGAAGCAGCAAAAUCAAGCAGUCGACCGGAAAAUGAAUUCACCGGUGAUGGAGGAGGAUAGGAAACCGGAUAUAAUUUCAAAUGGCGUGAACAAAUCAGCACUUCCCCCCAAUCCGGCGACGACAGCGACCGGAACGGUUAACGAUUAUAUGUACUUAGACACGUCGGAUUCAAUGCCGAAAUUACACACGGACUCGAGCUGUUCGGAGCAAGUGGUAUCACCGGAAUUCAUAUCCGAGGUGGAGAGCGAGCCGAAAAUACAACCUUGGGACAACAAUAACCUUGGAUUUCCUUAUAAUUACCUAGACGCCAAUAUGGACUUGAGCUUCAAUUCUCAGUUUCAAAGCAGCAAUCAGCUGUCGCCGUUGCAGGAUAUGUUCAUGUACCUUCAGAAGCCUUUUUAAAGUGGGACCGGGUAAAUGGGGUGUCGUGGGACCCAAAUUUGAUAGAAUUGGUGGUAAACAGGGUGUCGUGGGACCCAGAUUUGAUAGAAUUGGUAGUGUAGGUAGCCUUGUACGGUAACACGAGACGAAAGUCUAUGAGUGUGCCCGUGCGGGGUGGACUAGCUGAUCGGAGGGUAGUAUUGGAAAUACAGGUUAUAUAGGUUUAGGGACAUUGGAUGGAGGUGAUUGGAAAUUGGAAUUAUGCAUUAUUAACCAUUGGCAUGUGUAUAUCCAUGUGUAUGUACAUAAGCAAAUAUUUUUGGGUUUUUAAAAAUCUUAAUAUCUUGUAAUGGGCUAGGUUGGGUUUCUCUAUUUUAUUAUAUGUUAAAGAAAAAACUAGGCCUAUUAGCCUUAUUUUCUGUCCCA